AUGGAAAGAAGCAGUCUCCAACAGCAGGCUUUUCUCCUUUAUUUUCUGAGACCCUCUAGGUCAAGAACUUCCACCUCUCCCUUAUAUUUUCCUCUCCUUGCUGCCCCAAAUCCUGGGGAAAAGAGACAUAUUCCUGCUCACUGUGCAUCACCUGCAAAACAUUCACAUCCUCAUUCCAUUCCACUCAGAGAAGAAGUUCACAAGCAUCUAAUUUGUUUAUUUAGAAGUCCGCACGGAAUCUGGGAGCAACCUUCACAUCCUGAAAUGGGUAAAUCACUUUGUCUCCAAAAAGAGUUCCAAACUAGAAUCCACAUGAACUGUGGCUCACCAAGAUUCUUAUCUCCACAUGCCAUCCACUUCCUAACUGUGGCAAUUUUGCCUGGGGAAUUAUCGCCUGCAGUAAUGGACUCCUUCUUUCACCUUUGCCUUGGUCCCAGGUCUCUCUGGCAAGAUGAAGAGUGUCUUCACAGCCCACCUGAGAACAGGUGGUGGGGAGCUGUUGAUACAUCACUUGGAAAGUUGUUUGCUUCAGGGCCCCUUCUUACCAGUGGCUUGGGGAGUUCCAACUGUGAAGAUAUUAAAAUAUCUCAUUCUGGAGGUGAACAAGUCCAAAAGUCUGCUGUCUCCUACUCAACAUAUGACUUUGGGUGCCUAUUUCCUGAUAUAUGUGGGAAGAGCAUCCCUCUGUUUUUCAGCAGAAGCAUGAAAAGUUGGGCAUUUUGUAGCGAUGAUUCCGCCAGAGCAAAAAAGCAAUCUUUCAUCUCUCUUUCCCUCAGUUACUCUGCUGUACAAAAGGUUUGGCAAGACUCAAGCAAACAAGGCCCCCUGUACUGUAAUUGCUCCCCCUGGUCCAAGCAGGUGUGGCUUGUAGGUCUGGUUCUACUAUUGUUGGAUAGAUCCUGGUUCCUCCUGCAAGUUUUUAACUUCUCACGGCUAAGCACUGUCAACGUAUUUCAUUUUUUGUUACAUUUUUCCUAUUUAGUAUUUACUUUGUGUUUGGAACGCUGUGGACACUCAAUCUGGGAAAAAGAGGAGAGCCAAGACAGGGCUACCAGUGAGUGCCAAAAUCUGUGCUUCUGUGUAAUUGUUCCUGCUGCCUGUUGCUUAAAUAAAAUAAGCAACAAGAAGACAUCAGAGAUACAGAAACAAUAUUUACAGGCCCCAGGCAUGGAAGAGCUGAUAUGGGAACAGUACACUGUGACCUUACAAAAGGAUUCAAAAAGAGGGUUUGGGAUUGCAGUUUCCGGUGGCAGAGACAAUCCUCAUUUUGAAAAUGGCGAAACGUCCAUAGUUAUCUCAGAUGUCCUCCCAGGUGGCCCAGCAGAUGGAUUACUUCAAGAAAAUGACCGGGUGGUCAUGGUUAAUGGGACCCCAAUGGAAAAUGUUCCCCAUUCUUUUGCAGUGCAGCAGUUAAGAAAAAGUGGGAAAGUGGCUGCCAUUGUAGUGAAAAGACCACGGAAAGUGCAGCUCACCGUUCUAAGGAGAAGCCCCUCUCUUGACCAUGAUGAUAGAGCUUUCGAUGUACUGGAUGACCCAGCAGAGUUUGAUGGCAGGAGUGCUCGAAGUGGCUAUAGUGAUCGGAGCUGGCAUAGUGGCCAUGGAGGUCGCAGUCAAAGCUGGGGAAACAGCCCUGAUAGGAGCUACCGAAGAGAUCAAGAUAGAGGGCGCAACUACAGGAGAGACCACAGCAGGGAACGCAGCUACAGCCGGGAUGGAAGUCGUGGCAGGAGCAUCGACAGGGAGAGAAGCUUGGACCGAGAACGCAGAAGAGACCGGAGCAGGGGCAGGAGCAUCGACAGGGAGAGAAGCUUGGACCGAGAACGCAGAAGAGACCGGAGCAGGGGCAGGAGCAUCGACAGGGAUGAUGGCUAUGAACGUGCCGCUGGUGACUACAGCCCACCCAGGGAUUACAGUCACAGACAUCAGCCUGACCCUAGAUACGACCAGGAAGCAAGGAGUCAUAGUCGAGACAGACUGAAUUCCCACAGCCCCUUGCUUGAACCACGACGCCAACAUGAGUACCCAGGACAACAGGAUAGACCUAUCAGUGUUCUCCUAACAAAAAGCAAACCGAAUGAAGAGUAUGGUCUCCGACUUGGAAGUCAGAUUUUCAUAAAAGAAAUGACCAGUACUGGCCUGGCAACUAAAGAUGGUAAUCUGUAUGAAGGAGACAUAAUACUCAAGAUUAAUGGUACAGUGACAGAGAAUAUGUCGCUAGCUGAUGCCCGAAAAUUGAUUGAGAAAUCACGAGGAAAACUCCAGUUGGUAGUCCUCAGGGACAGAAAACAGACACUGCUCAACAUCCCUUCAUUGCAUGACAGUGACUCAGAAAUAGAAGAUAUUUCUGAAAUUGAGUCAAACCGAUCAAGCUCCCCUCAAGAUGACCAAAAAUUGCAUCACUCUGAUUUCGACUCUCAUUCCUCCAAUGAAAAACUAAAGGAAAAGCCAAAUACAAAAGAGGAUCCACCCAACAGGUUGUCCAGGAUGGGAGCGAUGCCCACGCCUUUUAAAUCAACCAGUGAUAUAGCUGCUGCUGUCAUAGUCACCGAGACAAACAAAGAACCAAAGUACAAAGAUGACCCGCCAGUAUUUCAACCAAAAGUAGCCCCAAGAACCUUUCUUCGGCCUAGUCCUGAAGAUGAAGCAAUAUACGGUCCUAAUACAAAGAUGGUAAAAUUCAAGAAAGGAGACAGUGUGGGUCUGCGGCUGGCAGGUGGGAAUGAUGUAGGGAUAUUUGUCGCUGGAAUUCAAGAAGGCACCUCAGCUGACCAGGAGGGGCUACAGGAAGGAGAUCAGAUUCUUAAGGUAAACACGCAGGAUUUUAGAGGCAUUGUGCGGGAGGAUGCUGUUCUCUACCUGUUAGAAAUUCCCAAAGGUGAAACUGUGACCAUUUUGGCUCAGAGCAAAUAUGAAGUGUAUAGAGACAUAAUGGCCUGUGGCAGAGGGGAUUCAUUUUUCAUAAGGAGUCACUUUGAAUGUGAGAAGGAAUCUCCACAGAGUUUAGCAUUCACCAGAGGGGAGAUCUUCCGAGUAGUUGAUACACUGUACGAUGGCAAACUGGGUAACUGGCUGGCUGUGAGAAUUGGAAAUGAACUGGAAAAGGGCAUCAUUCCAAAUAAAAGCAGAGCUGACCAGAUGGCCAGUGUUCAGAAUGCCCAAAGAGAUGGCUCGAGUGACAGGGCAGAUUUCUGGAGAAUGCGUGGCCAACGAUCUGGAAUGAAAAAGAAUCUGAGAAAGAGUCGUGAAGAUCUGACAGCGAUUGCAUCUGUUAGCACAAAGUUCCCAGCCUACGAGCGAGUUCUGCUGCGAGAGGCUGGUUUUAAGAGACCUGUGGUGAUAUUUGGCCCCAUUGCAGAUCUAGCGAUGGAAAAGCUGUCAAAUGACUUGCCUGAUCUGUAUCAAACUGCCAAGACAGAACCCAAAGAUGCAGGUUCAGAGAAAUCAACUGGUGUGGUGCGUUUGAACACUGUGAGGCAAAUUAUUGAGCAGAAUAAACAUGCUUUGUUGGAUGUGACUCCUAAAGCGGUGGAUCUGUUGAACUAUACCCAGUGGUUCCCAAUUGUAGUCUUCUUCAACCCAGACAGUAAACAGGGUGUGAAAACUAUGAGACAAAGGCUAAGUCCCACAUCUAACAAGAGUUCCCGGAAGCUUUACGAUCAAGCAAAUAAGCUGAAGAAGACUUGCUCCUAUCUUUUUACAGCUACCAUCAAUUUGAAUUCAGCCAAUGAUAGCUGGUACGGCAGCCUCAAAGAUAUAAUUCAGCAACAGCAAGUUGAAGCAGUAUGGGUAUCGGAAGGAAAGAUGGAAGGAAUGGAUGACGACAUGGAAGAUCGCAUGUCAUACCUAACAGCUAUGGGUGCUGACUACCUGAGCUGUGACAGCCGCUUGAUCAGUGACUUGGAAGACACAGAUGGAGAAGGAGGUGCAUACACGGACAAUGAGCUUGAUGAGCCAUCAGAUGAACCAAGUGUUUCCUCUAUUAGCCGAUCUUCUGAGCCUGUGCAGCAUGAGGAGAGUAUAAGAAAACCCAGCCCAGAACCAAAAGCUCAAAUGAGAAGGGCUGGUAGCAGAGAGAUACUUAGAGAUCCCAGCCCACCUCCAGCGUUCAAGCCCGAGCCACCUAAGGGUAAACUACAAAACAAAGAGGAUGUAUAUGACUUUCCCAAGAACUAUGACUCCAAACCAAAUAGCUCUAGCACUGUCAGCAAUGAGACUUCAGCCGUAUUAUCCAAGGCAGCAGCACCUCCUGUUUCUGUGAAACCUGCCUUUGGGCGUCCUAUACUGAAGACCUCUCAGCCAGCAGUUUCAGCCGCAGAGGAGGAGGAAAAGGCAGAGGAAGAUGUAGAUGGACGAGAGAAUGCUCCAAAAUCUGUACUGGGGAAAGUUAAAAUAUUUGAGAAGAUGGAUCACAAGGCAAGGUUGCAAAGAAUACAGGAGCUACAAGAGGCACAGAAUGCCAGGCUGGAAAUAGCCCAGAAACACCCAGAUAUCUAUGCUGUCCCAAUCAAAACACAGAAGCCAGACCAGAACUGGCCCCAACCCAUGAGUUCCAGACCUCCAGAGCCUCAGAAACCCCCUGCCAGGCCUUACCUAGAAAACCGAGGAAGUUAUGGCAGUGACGCAGAGGAGGAAGACUACCGUCGGCAGCUAUCAGACAACUCCAAGCGUGGAUAUUACGGACAGCCAUCCAGAUAUAGGGACACAGAAUUAUAGACUCAAUAGCACAUGCAUCUGUAAUGCUCUUUUGAGACUCUUUUCCUUCAACAGCCAAAAUGGAGUUCUGGUUAGUUAUAAAGUUAUAUUUUUGUUGGAGGUCAUAGGGUGGUCUACGGGAACUUGGACAUAUCCACACACUGGAACUGGAGGACUUACUUUUUGAGACUAUUUUGAGUAUCUAAGAAAAGAAAUCACUUUUGCCUGAAUGUUGUUGCCUGUUUUAUAAGGACCAAUACCUAUUUGAAAGCUUGUAUUAAUUCUUGGUAUUUUCAUAGUUUAACAUUUGUUAAAAAAAUUUAAACUUUUUUCUCUUACUUAAAACUGCUUUUUUAGACUGUUCCGCUGUUAUGAAAAUGUGAUCAAAGACAUAACACUUUUUAAUGCAAGAACUAAAUUAAAAAAAGAACUAUAAGUGCCUUUAACAAGAAGUGUCUUAAAUUGUUCAUAUUGAUAUCUGACACUUGUGCAAAGCCAUAAUUUACUAAAGGGUGUUUUACUCUGUUGCCUAACUUUUGUAUCUGUUUCAUGGCUAUAAUUUCCCUGAUACGUUAUUUUUCUAAGAUAAUAGAUCGGUAUACUGCUUUUCAUAAAUAUUGACUGUACAGGGGGAAGGUGUGUACCUUUGUAUACUAGCUUGUAUGAGGCCAGGAAGGGUUGAAAUUGAGAAAAUGAUGUAGAAAUUCAAUUAAUUAUGUCUUUAAAUUGAUAUGGACCACAAAAUAAUAAAUGGAUAUAUUCUAGA